UAUCACUUUCCGUCGACGAAGCUAGAGCUUGAAAAAUCAACCUAACCCAUCUUUAUGAUGGUCCUUGUUCAUCAAGAAACGAUAAGACCUCUCCUCCCACAUUUAUGCCUUGCUCUGUUACAAAGCUACACCAAAUAAAUACCGUCUCCCCAAUUCAACCACCCAGAAAACAAGGAAAAAACCAGAGCAAGAAAUGAAUGGUUUCAAGGAAGAAGACGAACCAGGGCACCAGAACAUGGGGCCGAAGAUGAAUAAGAAGAGGCUCUGUGAUUACUGCGGAGUCUCCAUGGCUCUGCUCUACUGCAGAGCCGACUCUGCUAAGCUCUGUUUCUCUUGUGACAAAGAGGUCCACUCGGCUAAUCAGCUUUUCAUCAAGCACACUCGGUCACAGCUCUGUGACGCCUGUGACGAAGCCCCUGCUUCUAUUUUCUGCUCUACUGAGAGCUCUGUGCUGUGCCAGAACUGUGACUGGGAAAGGCAUAAUCUGUCGUCGGCGACGGUGCACGUUAGGAGGCCGGUGGAGGGUUUUACCGGGAACCCUGGGUUGAAUGAGCUGCUGGCGUUUGUGGGGUUUGAGAAUCUGGAUAAGAAAGGUUUGGUUGUUAGUGAGGAGAGUAGCGGUGGUGGUGGUGGGUUUGAUGGGUCUGGGCUUGACGGGUCGUUGGGUUUGUCCGAGGGGUUUUCGGAUUUUCUGGUUUGGGAAACUCCCUCUGUUGUUAGUCUUGAUGAUUUGAUUGUUUCGAGUCCGGCUCAUAAGUUUCAGGCUAUGGGGGUUCCUCCUCUGCCCAAGAACCGGAAUGCUAAGUGUGGGCGACACAAGGAAGAGAUACUGAGUCAGCUUCGGGUAGUAGCAAAGUCUGAACCCAAUUUGAUGAAUGAGGAUGUAGAUCUUAAUUCCUUCAUGAGAUUCCAAUCACCGGAGACUGAGCAUAAUAUGCAAUCAGGGGGUUUCUGUACAAAUUUUGAACAGGAUGCGGAGCCGCUUGCGUUUCCUGCUUAUGAGGCACAGGAGUCUGAGGCUAAUCAUUAUGACAAGUCUUCAAGUCAAGAUUUCUUCCCAAAAACAUUACAGAGGAGCUACCUUCAGGACUGUUCUAUGGUUCCUGAUUUAAAUUCGAAUAAUGAUGGCACUGCAAGUCAUGCUAGUGAUGGUUUUGGAGGGCAAAUGAAUUCUGAAGCCUCUUCAGCUUUCCCAAAAGUUCCUUCACAUGAAUGUACUCUAAAUAGAGAGUCUGCACUCUCAAGGUACAAGGAGAAGAAGAAAACAAGGAGGUACGAUAAGCACAUCAGGUAUGAAUCAAGGAAGGUUCGAGCAGAAAGUAGGACAAGAAUUAAGGGACGUUUUGCAAAGAUAGAUAACUAAAUGAUAUGGUAAUCAGAUCAUGAGUGGGUCUUGAAGGUUUAUACUGAGAGGUGGACAAGAUUUUAUAACAUUUUGCAAGGUCGUGGAAGCACUGGUAUGAAGUCCUACCAAAAUGCUUGUUACAUUUAGUUUAGUUACUAAUAUUGUAUUCAAUAGCUUUUAAAGCUAAAGCUUGGAUGUUUUUUAGAUUGCUUGUUUCUACAAAAUGUGAAAUAGUGUUGUUUAGGCUCCUCCCUUCCUAGUCAAAUUGCUUGUUAGUGAUGAUGUAUAAAGCUUCCCACGUUCCGGUUAAACCUUUUUCUACUUUGUUAUGCAGUUGUCAUAUGAUUACAGGUUUCUUAUA